GGAAUUCCUACAGAAUCAAUUAUAUUUGGCAGAUACAACAUAAAAAGAAUAUUAACGAACGAAAAUAAUUGGUUUUCAUAGAUUGCUUGACGGUAAUGCCACAAAAAACCCAGAAAUGUCUGGACAUCAGUUUAUUUGGAAUAGUUAUUCUGUGACAUCCUGGAGAAUGUCCACUGUUUCAUCAGACGGUUUAAAUUCCGUUUGUUCUAGUCGUGAACGUAUUUGUGAAAUGUUACAGGCGAUGAGUAUAGUAGCAAAUAGGAAGUAACCUAAAUUAUGAGUAUUGCAAAAACGUCGCGGGCGUCCGCCUGUUCGCACGAUAACUCGAAAACGGUUUCAGAUAUAAAGCUCAAAUUGGGUGCACAGAUAAGGCCUCACUUAUGGAAGAAGUGAUGUUGGAAUUCAGGGGCAGAGGCAUAAUCAAAGGAGGCACUAAAUGUAACUCCCACUACUUUCUUAUUUUAAAUAUAAGUACGAGUAAUCGAUAAUUCUUUUGUUUGAAUCCGGUUGCCAAGGAAACGUACCUACGCAAACAAUGGAGAAAUUGUAAGACUUUUAAAAGUGGUUGCUUCAAUGACUUUUGGGAUAUAAAUUUGCUUAGCAUUAGGUAACAGGGCGCGUUUGCUAGCGAUGGCAAGGCCAUCUUCAAGACUGUCCACGUCGCGGGCUGGCAGAAUUAAUACAGCUUUCAACCCGAUGUCUAGUCAAGGAAUUCACACUCCACUUCCUAUGACUGCCGGUGGUGUAAAUACGUACAACAUGCCUAAAGAUCGACGAUAUUACAUGCAUACAAUUAAAUCACACAUGAACAUGAUAAGAGAGGAAAUUAUAAAAUUGCAACGACAAACGGCAGUUCACAGAACAGCCGGUAAUCAGACGUCGUUUCGAAAAAUUGCCGAGUCCUCCGCGCAAAUAUACUCAGAAAAUCAAGAAACCCUAACAAUAUACAAUCUUGUGUUAGAAAUACAAGCAUCUCAAGAUAAAUAUGUCAAACUCUCAUAUGAAACUAACUUACUGAAAGAAAAAAAUAAGCAGUCGCUUAUUGACUUAGAUAACUUGAUCUCGGCAAAAGUUUUGAGGGAGGAAUCUAUAGCAACUAUAAAAAAAGAAAUUGAAGAGGAACAACGGCAUGUGCAAGAAAUAAUUGAUAGUUUGCCCAACAAAGAUAAAGCGCAGUACAUGGACUUAUUCGCGGCCAAUACAGUUAUUAUUCCCAAAAUUCGUCAUACAGAAGGUGAACUGAAAUUAUGUCAGGAAUCUUACAAACAAAUGAAAAGAACGUUAAAUAAAAGUUCCGCCAAGCAAAAAUAUUGUAAUUUAAUUCAAGGUUUGAACAAAGCAAAACAGCACAAAGAAAGCCUACAACUGCAGAGUAAAGAAGCUUUGACGCCUUCUGAACAGCGAGAAAACUUGAUACAACAGGUAAGAUCGAACAAAGCAGAUACGGAAUCGCUCACGAACAUGAUGAAGCUUUUGGAACAAGAUUACCAAAAUAAAGAAGAAAGAUUGGAAAUGUUAAAAUUUCAAUUAAGCGAAAGUAAUGCAAAACAUUUAAAAAAACAUAAAGAACUACGCCAGCGCGAAUUGCUAAUAAACUCGUUCAACAGUACCUUUCUGGAAAAAUCGAAAUCUUUAAAAGAAAGGAUUCAAACCGCCAAACGCGAAAUUUUGUUACUCCUAAACGCUUCCUCAAAAUCUAUCUCCGACUUAAAUUUUGAAGAGCUCGACAACAUUCAGUUAAACCUUAACCAGUCAUCUGAAGCUGAUAUUAAUCAAAGGAUUCAACUGUUCGCUUUGCGUCUUACAAGGUUACAAGAUUGUAAGAUCAAGUACGAAAAGGAAAUUACCAAAGUCAAAGAAAAGUCCGGUAACUUAAAACGCGAGAUUAAAAAGUUUGAAAAUCCGGAACGUGUCAAUGAAGAUCUAAAUACCAAGUGCAAACAUCAAAGUCAGAAAUGCAACGAAUUACAGCAAACUCUUUUUACUACGAAAGCCGCUGUGGCGGAAACUGAACGGAUACAGGAAGAAAUAGACCCACAAUUAUUCGAUAAUAAUAUUUACAAGGAAAUUCAAAACUUGGAGAAGGAAAUAGAAGAAGUAGAUAACGAAAUACAGAAUUUAAAAGGAUGCAUAGGUCGCGUGCAAGUAAGAGAAUCGAUCAGCAAUAAAUUGAGAGAAAUAGAAUCACUGGCGUCUUCAAGGAACGAGCAGUUGAUUAAAAAUGGUCGAUCUAAGAAACCGACUAUGUCUGCAUCUUCACCUUAAAUCUGUCACGAUUAGAAACUCUGGCAAUAUUAAUGAUUAAUAUAGAUAUGUUCAAUUCAUUGAAUUAGUAAAUGUAAAGAAAACUCUUCAUCUUCAUCUUUCAAGAAGCAGAUCUUCCCAACUGGAAAAGUACAGCCCAUAAACUCUCGCACUUGUAGGCGUCGAAUACUCCAUACAGACGCCAAAAAGAUACGGUUUCAAAUAAUUCUUCACCAGGUAUCGUAGCAAGACUCAAUUACAAAAUUCAUGGAAGUGUAACCUGCAUUCUUCCGAAAAAAUACCCUCAGAAUAUUUGUUUCGAUGCCCACCACCUACUUUUUUUGACAUUUUGUUACACCAUAUACCCUCCCCAGUUUUAUUCUGCCUUCCUAAUAGUGAGGUCGGAUCCAAGAACCAAAUUUUGCAUGAAGCUUCCCAAGAAAAUUGGCAUUUUGCUUCAUGCUGCUUGUAUCUGGCUGGUAAAUAUCUUUUCACUAAGCGAGCUCUCUAUAAAACUAAUGCAUUUGGAAGUUUUCUCAAAGAAAUUAGAACCGAAAUAUCAAUUUCGGUUAAAUUUUGCUCUAAAACUUUUAACCUAAGGCAUGGAUGGAAUGCAUAUCAAAGUAACACGAAGUGUAAAAGUAGCAAAAAUUCACAGUCAAUUAGUCAAUUAAUCUACACUUCCACAACUUGUGCCCCUGUCGAUUUAGAGCCCUGAAAAUCAUAAAGGAUUUGAAGAUCCACGAAUUUUUUGAUCUGCGCAUCUAUACAAAUUUUUCUCUAAAAAAGAGCUAUCGUGGACUUUGUUUCCGACCCCCAUUCACUUUUUGCUAGAAGGAAAGCCAAACAAAAUUAUCAUUUUUUAAUCAAUUUGUCUG